AUGUCGAUCGAUCUCAGGUCUGUGCUGAUGAAAGCUGGGGGUGCAAAAGCACCGGCUGUGAAAGCACCAGCCUUGAAAGAGCCGGGUGCGCCGACUGUCAAAGCACCAGCCUUGAAAGAGCCGGGUGCGAAAGCACCGGGAGCCACAUCACCGGGUGUGGCCAAGGCCCCGGGAGGCCCACCCCCACCCCCUGCAGAACCUGUGACACCCUCUCCGAAGGUGCAGGCCCCCAGCCCUCAGAGUAGUGAAAAAAUCGCUGACCCGGCCACUCAGCGCACUGUUACCUUUGCAGACUCUGUGCACCCGAAGCCCACUGCAGUUCUCCCGCCGGGCCCUCCUCCCAGCAUCCUGAAGCCUUCCUCGAUCAAGGAUACGGUGGAAGAUACUGUACGCGACCCCACACGAGCCGACACUCAAGAGUGGGACGGAACUCCGGCACUGAGCCUCCUUCGAUCCUGUAGUGUCGACUCAUUGAGUUCGACUGCCACCACACAAGUGAUGCAGGGCCGCUCAAAGAGCUUGCUGAGCAUGCCAUCGUCGAGUGAUGUUGUGGAGGCUACAGCCGACUCUCUCGACAGGGAUCUGUCGGACGCCUUUGACAAAGUCUGCCUGGAGGAUGAGGACGACGAAGAGGUGAAGGCAGCUUUGAAAGCAGCCGAAGCUGCUGAACGUGCCGCAGAGGAGGCUUCCCGAGUAGCAAAAGCCCAGAAGGAGCGGCUAGCCCAAGCAAGGCAAGCACGCGAACUUGAGGACCAAACACGCAAGGCCGCCGAAUGCCGUGCGAUGCUUGAUGCUGUCGAGAAGCAGAAAGCACGAGCUCUGGAGGAGCAGAAAGCAAGAGAGCUGGAGGAGCAAAAGCGCAAGGAUGCUGAAAUCCUUGAUCGGCAGCUCAUGGCUGCCGAAGAACAGAAGGCAAAGGAACUGGAGGAGCAACGACGCAAGGAUGCUGAAAUCCUGGCUCAGCGACUGGCGGAGCAGAAGGCGAAGGAACUCGAGGAGCAACGCCGCAAGGAUGCUGAAAUCCUGGUUCAACAGCAGAAGGCUGCCGAGGAGCAGAAGGCCAAGGAGCUAGAGGAGCAAAAGCGCAAGGAUGCUGAAAUCCUGGCUCAGCAGCAGAAAGCUGCCGAGGAGCAGAAGGCGAAGGAGCUCGAAGAGCAACGACGCAAGGAUGCUGAAAUCCUGGCGCAGCAGCAGAAGGCUGCCGAGGAGCAGAAGGCGAAGGAGCUACAGGAGCAAAAGCGCAAGGAUGCUCGAGCACUUAAGUUGCAGCAAGCACAGGAGCGGGCGGAGAUGGCUCGGAAAUUGCAAGAGGUGCAGGAGGAAGCGAUGAAGGAGGAACUUGCGAAAAUACGGGCUGAGGAGCGCCUGAAAGAAAGCGAGAAGCAAGCUGCUGAGCUCGCCCCAGCCGCCCGGCCCAGAGGUGAACAGCAACGUUCUUGGUCUAUGCUGGCUUCUGCUUCUUCAUUCUGUGAUGACGGACUUGAAGCUCGCGUGUGCAAGGCUGACUACCCCCGGGCUGUUCCAGAUCACCUUUACCUAUUGGACGAACCCAUCUUCGCUCCUAUCGUCAUCGACAGUGACAGUGCUGAUAGUGCCAAGGCGAUCACACCGCCGGGCUCCUCUGCCGCUACCCACACCGAGAUCGCCCCGAAGUCGAAGGUUCCGAAAGCUAAGAAGGCAUCUGCUAGAACGGAGAAAGACGACUUCGAGCUUCCAGAGCUCUCAGAUGACGAAAAGAAGAAGUACAAAAAUUUUUGGAACCGAAUGAGAUCCAAGAGCUUCGAGUCUGUCGAGGAUUCCAACACGACUGCUUCGGAGGACGAGCCUGCAGCGCCUGCUGCUACCAUCCAGAAGCAUCCUGCAGCAGAGGCUGGACCUGCUGAAGUGGCUGCUGUCGCGACAGCCGCGGCACCUGAGGCUCAGCCAGAGUCCGUCAGCCCCGAGAUGGCAGCUUUGAUUGAGAAGUUGGCCAUUUCCAUGGCCCAAGCUAUGACUGCCCAAAAUGCUCAGAGAACGGAUUGGACACCCAGCCCACCUCCGCCAAAGGCGGCCUAUGCGCCCGAUACUGAGAUAGAUUUGUCUGAGAAGGGCGGGGCUUUCAAGAUGCAAGCCUUCGCGAAGUUUGUCCAAGCUGGCUGUCAGGGUUUGGCUCUCGAGGCUGUUCUCCGCUUUUCGAAGCAGCAGGAGGAGAUCCAGCAGGCACGAGCGGAUGAGUUCAUCGCAAUGAGGAGGGUCUCGACAGAUCGGAACAAUCCUCGAGUGGAGACUUUCCUUUAUUACAAUCGAGAACGCCGUGCCAUCACGACACGCAGCUUGGACGAGAUUGCAGUCUCGCUGGGUGCGAAUGCAAACUUUGCUCUGCAGCUCAUGGAUCAGUUCAAGGGAAACGACCCCAACUCGAGUUCCGGUGAUGUGCCACCUACCAGAUCAACCUUACAGCAUCCAGAUACACCAGGACUGCCACCCUCUGUCGAGCCUAAGAAGGAUGAGCAACCGAAAAAGAAAGCCAAGCCGGCCAAGAAGGAGGGCGCAGAUCUGGAGGUGCAGCUGUUGGACGGCACCGACAUGAAGUCCUUCGCCUCUGCUUGGGUCACGGCAUGCACAGCGGCCGAGGGGAAGGCCAUCACUCUGCUCGAGGCCCUGGAGUCGCAAGAGAAACUGAUUGAGAUGAUCGGGGAUGCCAAGUGCGGCAUGGCCGAGAAGAGGAAGGCCCUGCAGAGCCUCGGGACCGAUCCGCGAAAGGAUGAUGUCCAGACCAUCCUGGACCAGGCAGCAUCCUAUGUCAUCGCUUACAAGAAGCACGUGAAGGUGGCGACCAACCUGAUCAACCAGCACAAGAAGGAGAGCCAGCCGAAGAAGAAGGCGAAGCCGGCAGCACAGCAUUUUUGUCUGGUAUGGGAAAGGCUGGACAACGACCCGACCACAUCGAAGAGACUUUGCAUCGAGCUGCCAGGGAGAAGACGUCUGAAGGGCCCGGCCAAAAAGAGCAAGUUUGCUGCACUUCCGCCAUCGCGAUUUCAGCUGUGGUUAUGUGGCUCUGUCGAUUGGGCAGACUUUUGGAAGCAAGCUGCUUCCGAAGACUGGGGAAUGUGGCCUGUGCAAGACAUUUUGUUUGUCAUUCAUUUGUACAUGAACCACCCGGUGCAAAGCUUUGACGAUGUCGCCCGCAGCCGGGCAUUUGGUGUAACGAUGCAUGGAGAUCCAUUCACUACAAAGUUUCCUUUUGUCGUACUGAAGAGCGACUUAAUGCACUACGACCGGGACGGCGAAAACAUCUCGAUGGACCAUAUACAAGCUUCACUUGUCGAAUCCUUGAAUUUAUUGGCUGAUCCGAACAACGGGCUGGGCUUCACAGUGCAUGUGGUUGCCGGGAAAGGAGAUUGGAAAUUUCGCAAGGAGUGGUUGAAACAAAGCAGAUUUUAUGGCAACGCUUGUUCUGGGAAAGAUGGGCUAUGCCAGAGGUGUCUUGCGUCGAAAACUACUUGGCUGGAUCCCUUGUACGAAAGGUUCAACAACACAGCGGACCUUGCGACUGCACGCGCAUCGGCUGUGGGAGAAAUACAGUUGACAAAGCUUGCUGGGUGGUGCUCCGACAUGGAAACUGCUGAUGUUCUUCAUUGCUGCUGGUUAGGCUGCGGCCGCGACUUGAACGGCAGUUUGUGUAUGCUGGCAGCGCGGCAUUUGUUUCCUGGUGCAACCUUUGACGAGUGUCUUCGAGCUCUUCGAAAGGACAUGCAACUUUGGUGCCAGGAUCAUGGUAUCCGAGCUUCGACGAUCGACGACUUGAGAAUCUCAACCCAUAAAUUUCGAUCUUUUCCAACUUUUGGCAACUAG